UGGUUCUUCUUCUCCUCCCUUCUCUGUUUGAAGCUCUUCGUCUUCGUCUCCAUCGUCGUCGUCGUCGUUGUCGUCGCCGGAGAAGAUGAGCGUGAUCGAUCUCCUGACGCGCGUAGAUGCGAUCUGCAAGAAGUACGAAAAGUAUGACGUCGAGAAGCACCGAGGAGAUGCAUCAAGCACCGGUGGCGAUGAUGCCUUCGCGCGGCUCUACGCCUCCGUCGAGUCCGACAUUGAUGCUGCGCUUGAGAAAUCGGAGAGGGCGCAGCAGGAUAAGAAUCGUGCGGCGGUUGUGGCGAUGAACGCGGAAAUCCGGAGAACUAAAGCGCGGUUGGCGGAGGAGGUGCCCAAAUUGCAGAGAUUGGCACUUAAGAAGGUCAAAGGACUUUCUAGAGAAGAACUUGCAGCACGGAGCGAUUUGGUUCUUGCAUUGCCAGAUAGGAUUCAAUCCAUUCCGGAUGGGAGUACAACUGGAAUAAAACAAACUGGAGGAUGGACUGCUUCUGGAUCUCGCACAGAAAUUAGAUUUGAUUCCACAGAUGGAAACUUUGAUAAUGAAUACUUUCAGCAAACUGAAGAAUCAAACCAGUUCCGUCAGGAGUAUGAAAUGCGGAAAAUAAAACAGGAUCAAGGUUUAGAUGUCAUAGCUGAAGGAUUAGAUACCCUAAAGAACAUGGCCCAUGACAUGAAUGAGGAGUUGGAUAGGCAAGUCCCUUUAAUUGAUGAGAUUGACAGCAAGGUGGACAAGGCUACUUCUGAUCUUAAAAAUACUAAUGUGAGACUUAAGGAAACUGUUAACCAGCUGAGAUCUAGUCGCAACUUCUGCAUUGAUAUUAUCCUGCUCUGUAUUAUUCUUGGAAUUGCUGCUUAUCUGUAUAAUGUGUUGAAGAAAUAAACCUCCUGAAGAUUGUCUUUACCAGCUUGAUCAUCGGCUCCUGGUGCUGUCCACUAAUCUGUACAAUGUUUUAUAUCAUCUUUUUCUUUUUAUUUAAUGAUACUGAAAGAUUCCUGUGGAUUGUAUUGGGCUAUCAGUAGAUGCACUUUAUGCUAUUGGUUUGUGUUUCUUGGCUUUUGUAAUCCUCUACAUUACAUAAUCCAGGCCACUUGUUGUAAUUGAUUCAUGUUGUUGAAAGACUCUGGGUCUUUUAUUUCUAUUACCUCACCAAUAAUUUCAA